UUUUUGCAUUUUAAAGUUUGCUCGACGAAAAAUGCCAGUGAAGUUUGAGAAAUGCAAAUUGUUGAAAAAAAGCCGAGUUCAAAGAGAGGCAAGGGACGAGGGAAUAAAUUAAUAAUGAGCGCUCCAGGAACAUUAAAGGACGUUGCACCCAUUUAUAUAUUCAUAGACUAUUUAAUAAUGCUAUAGGAGGACCGUACAAAUUGUUCAAAUGAGAAACUACACAUCCAUUAAAAAGACAGCAGACAUUAGUAUCUAAAAUAUUUACGAAUGCCCAUACUUUGCACUUUAGCACGUGCAUUUCAAAACUUUUUCCGUGAGCAUGCGUAAAAAUCGUACUCCCUAAGAGGCAAGGGAGAAUGUUGAAUUCAUAAAAAAAUGUCAGUCUCCGUUUGGUCCUAGACAUGGAUAGCUCUAAAGAAUUGGCAUAUACAGACUUAGAAUGGGCGAUUGGAAUAAAUCGAAUUUCUCUAAAGAUCAUCGGUCUUUGGCCAGAUGAUAAAUUAAGUCGUCGGCAGAGAUUUUUGGCGGAUCUACGUGCCAUUAUUAUUUUUAUCACAAUGCUUUUCGUGUCGGUCAUACCCGGAAUAUUUGCGUUGCUGAGAGUCUGGGGCGACAUAAUGGCGAUGACAGACAAUUUGCAAAUCGGUCUGCCCUUCACAGCGACCGUCGUGAAAUUUAUCAUUAUGUGGUUUCACAAGAAAGAUCUUAUACCGAUCAUAAACAUGGUUACGGAGGAUUGGAUCAGGAGGAAAACAGUGCAAGAACGAAAUACUAUGAUAAAGCAAGCGAGAAUUGCCAGAGCGAUGGUCAUGUUCGGAUGUACCAUGAUGAGCUUAGCGUGCAUCCUUCUCAUCAUUCCUCCUUGCUUUGGAUAUUCAAUGAGAUAUCUGACAAACAUCACCGAUGCACCGGGGAAACCGAUGCUGGUGCAAACGUAUUAUUUUCGAGAGAUAAAGGAAAGUCCGUACUACGAAAUCACGAUUGGCGCUCAAGCUACAUCGAUCGUAAUGGCCGCAAUUUCUUACACGGGCAUCGAUACCUUUUUGAGCCUGCUUGUAUUUCACAUAUGUGCCCAACUUGAUAUUCUCAAAGAGCGAUUAUUGAACUUGGACGGCUUCAAAGAUUUCAGGACUGAAUUAUCCUUGAAUAUCCAGGAUCACCUACGUCUCAUUAGGUCUGUUGAUAUCAUCGACAAUACCUUCAAUUUAAUGCUUUUGGCAUUAUUAAUAUUUUUCGCUACGCUGUUUUGUCUUCAAGGAUUUCUGAUUGUUAAUAUCGUUGAUGGAGUCGACAAAGUCUCCUUUAUGCGAAUAUGUUGGCUCGUUUCGAUUCUUAUUAAUACCUUCGUUCAUAUGUGUCUGUAUUGUGUAGUCGGGGAGAUUCUUAUAAGUAAAGCCGAAGGAAUAUUUUACGCGGUGUAUAACUACACGUGGUAUUUGCUGACACCGAAUGAAGCAAGAAAUCUCUUACUGAUAAUGAUUCGUACCGAAAAGCCUCUCUACAUUACCGCGGGAAAAAUAUUUCCUAUGACAUUGUCCAUGUUUUGCAGUGUAAGAUAUCCAUAA